AUGCCCAGAGUGGCGGUUUUGUUAACGUUUACGCUGAUCUUAAAUGUUGUCUCACAUGCACAGUGUGAGUUAAACACCUCAAUCGUAAGUGCAUCUUCAAGCGGUUUCGCCUAUGAAAUGGUGAUGGCGAAAUUGCAACUGCUGGAGAAUCAGCUCAUCGAAACCAAUCUUGAAACGGAGGAAAAGAUUAUCAUCGUAAGUUCCAAAAUGGAUAAUCUUAUAAAAACCGUUGAAAAUCUGUCCUGGAUUGUGCAACAAGCGGGAGAAACUGUGAACCAACUAGGAUUAAGCGGGAAACACAUUGGCCAAAACCUCACCGUGAUACAGCGUGAUCUUACAAACGUGCUCGCUGAGCAGAAGCUAUUGGUGACCAACAAUCAACUACGAGAGUAUCUAACCCACCGAUUUUGCAAUGCAUCGAACAUGCCCUUGGUGAAGGAACAGCGUAGCAGCCGGUAUAAGUCUUGCAGUAAGAUACCUUUUCCCGUUUCGGGAGUGUACACCAUUCAGCCGGAAAAGCUCUUCAAGGAACCGAUAACUGUGCUCUGCGAUCAAGAGUACGAAUCGGGCGGAUGGACUGUGAUACAACAUCGGUUUGACGGAUCGACGAACUUUUAUCGCAGUUGGCAAGAGUACAAGAAUGGGUUUGGAAAUUUGGACGGUGAGUUCUGGCUGGGCUUGGAUCGUAUUUAUCAUCUAACAGUGUCGGGUGCGCAUGAGCUGGUGAUUCUGCUAGAAGAUUUCGAUGGCAAUAAGACGUACGCCAAAUACGAUCAGUUCGAGAUAGGCAACGAAAAUCAGAAAUAUGCGAUUACAAAACUAGGCGAAUAUUCAGGAACGGCCGGUGACUCCAUGCACAAUGCCAAAGAUAUGAAGUUUUCUACAUUCGAUUCCGAUAAUGACGUGUGGAAUGACAACUGUGCAGUAGCGUACUCCGGAGCAUGGUGGUAUGGAGCUUGUCACAAAAGCAAUUUAAAUGGCAAAUACCUGCGGGGAGAAACAAAGCAAACUGCGAUGGGUAUGAUGUGGCUCACAUUUCGAGGGCAUGAUUAUGCAUUGAAAGCUUCAAAAAUGAUGAUCAGAUCUACAGUAAAGUGA